AAAGAAAAGGAUUUUCUAGGCAAUCGGGUGGCAACAUAUGCCUGCAGCGCAGUUAUAGAAUAAUACAACAUUAUUAUCUCACUCCGACCUCCUUCUUGGAUCACUUCAAAGGCCUUGCAGCGCGUUUCGAUUGAAAAGAGUAAAUGGUCAGUUGUUGGUUCGGUCUUCGCUGAAUUCCAGGUCAUUUAACUGUAAAUCUUGAAACUGGGCCAUUUUGAGACGGAAUAACUGUUAACAAUUUUAAUAAAGGUGGGUGGGAGAAUUAUUAAAGUGUAUUAACACAUGACACUAAACAUAAAAUUAUCGCUACAGCGACAAGCGACAAUAUCUCCCCCGUGAUCUACCCGUCUGCUCCAGUGUCUUCUGACUAAACCGUAAAUUUAUGAGGAGGAGUUCAAGGGUAUUACAUGAUACUGGGAUUUGUCUUAUAAGGAUAUUCCCAAGCGAUUCCUCAUUAUGCUCAAUUUGGGCAAAUAAAGUGGAUUAUGUAGCAGAAUUCAAAUAUAUAAGAACACAAUGUAACCUACAAUUAAACUGCAGCAAAUUACAAAUCACCAAUAACAGGGAUAUAUACACACGUAGCACACCUUUUUUGUUUUGUUUUUUUAUGUGAAGCACAAAUAUCAGAAGUACAGUACAUGGCCUAAUUCUUUUCUGACAGCGACGGCCUGUUGCCAGCCGGAAGUUUAGCCCGUUUCUAAGGAAGUUGCUACGAUGUGAUUUCCUGCGGACCGUUUGAAAUGGAGAAUCCGGAGUUGGAGCGCCGCUUGACAGUGUUUCAGGCACUCAUCCGCGGGUUCCUUGUCCGGCGACACUUCUCCAGUUUGCGGGGUGAUUAUGAAGAAAUUGUCAGAGAGAUAGAUGGAGAUUUGAGCCAUCUAGAAUGGCAUGGGAACCUUAUACCUGUCCCUGGUUUCUCAUAUGAGAAAGGUGCCAGGCCCAGAAGCCAGGACGGUCCAGCUGCAGGCCCGCCUGGGGCGGAACCUGGCUCUGGGAGCCGCGGGAACGAGCCGGGCCCAGCGACUGAAGUGCUGCAGCCCGAGAGCGUGGCUCUGGACGCGGGCUCCGGCGUCCUUCGGGCAGGUAGGCGAGCUGGCUGCGCGGGGCUCGGCGCCUGGGCCAGUUUCGGGAGUGUAAGGAGCGGCCCCUGUCCCAUUCCAGAGUCGCGGGACCAGCUGCAGAGGAGGGAGAUGCCCACGACCCGCGAGGGCUUGCGGAUCCACAGGAACGACCUGGCGAUGGAGCUGCUGUGGCUGCAGCAGGCGAUAGCCAGUCGGAAGAAAUAUCUGGUCCUGAAGCAGAGACUGGGAACGCCGUAACCGUGAACAAUGAAGGUCACUCGUUGAUCUACGGACAGACUGAUUACUCGGACAGAAUUCAGGAGCUUCAGUGCUGUGGAAAACUGUGGCAUCAGACAGUUCAGAUUUGGGGAGAUGUUCCUUCUAUGUGGCUUUUGUUUCCCCAGAAGGAAAGGUCAUGGUUUUCAAAACCAGUGAGAUGUUCAAGAGCACUUGGCUCAAUUGUCUCAGGCUUCUCAGACCACCUCGUUAGAUACUAGAUGGGAUAUACUGACAGCUGACACAAAGCUGGAAACAUACGCCUUUUUAAGUGACCAGUGAGUACAAAGCCUAAAAGGAAAGUAACUUAAUGCAAAGCUUAAUUCUGCAUUUGUACCAUUAGCCUUACAUACCCAUAGCUUUAUGGGUUAAGGUUAAUCUUGUGAUUUAAUGAUGUAAGCAUGUUUUGGUGAACUGGAAAAUGGAAGUUGUACUGUUUUUUUUAGAGUUCUUCAUGAGCAAAUUUUCUGUAAAUAAUGUAUAAUUUUUUUUUCAAAUCUCACUUCAUGAUACCCGCACUUUCACUUAAUGUAAGUCAUACGGCUUCAUAUUUUGUUGAAAAUAAUAAAAUUGUUUAUUUUUCCAGUA